CACUAAUCAACCUGCAAGAAGGAGCUCGGGUAAAAUCAUGACUGUCUCCACAUCUUAGACUGACGUGUGUUUAGACCGAGAGCACAGAGGAGGACAUUGUAAGGAUGUCUGAGUUGGCAGAUGUGGAUGAGUAUGAACAUGGACGCAUUCGGGAGCUGCAGCAGCAGCGCAUGGCUGUUCAGAAAAAGACCUACACUAAAUGGAUGAACAGUGUCUUCUCUAAAAAUGGGGAAAACAUUGUCCUGGAAGAUGUGUACACAGAGCUCAAGACUGGUGUGUAUUUAGUGCGUCUCUUGGAGCUCAUCUCCAGGGAGAAGCUACCCACACCUAGCCGAAGAACCCUCAGAGUACACUGUUUGGAGAACAACAGCAUUGCCAUAAACUUCCUCAAAACUAAGAUCCGAGUAGAUUUAAUUGGACCUGAGAACGUUGUGGAUGGGGACAGAACCCUGAUCUUGGGCCUCAUCUGGAUCAUCAUUCUCCGUUUCCAGAUUGGAGCAAUUAAUCUUGAUGAAGUUGACAGUGGUAAUGCCAGCUUAGCACGUCGUUCAGCCAAAGAGGCUCUUCUGAUAUGGUGCCAAAGGAAAACCGCUGGUUAUAACAAUGUGGAUGUUCAGGACUUUUCCAGCAGCUGGAGGGAUGGACUGGCCUUCAAUGCACUCAUCCAUGCUCACCGGCCAGAUCUAUUUAAUUACAAUCGACUUUAUCCAGAUGAGGCAAGGAAAAAUUUGGGACAUGCUUUCACCCUAGCUGAAAGUGAAUUUGGCAUCAUGCAGCUACUUGAUGUGGAGGACAUAGUGGAUUCACAUCCUGAUGAGAAGUCCAUCAUGACCUAUGUUUCUCUCUACUACCAUUACUUCUCUAAAAUGAAGCAGGGGCAAACCAUCCAGAAGAGAAUAGCCAAGAUUGUAGACCUCCUGAAAGAGCUGGAUGAUAUGAAAAGGCAAUAUGAGCACAUGGUCACUGAUCUACUACAAUGGAUCAGGACCAAAAUAGUGAUGCUGGAUGAUCGUUCUUUCCCGAACUCCCUGCCAGGCAUGAAGCAGCUGGUGGCUGCCUUUAAGACCUUCCGCACUGUGGAGAAGCCCCCUAAGUACCAGGAGAGAGGAGCUAUUGAAGCCCACCUCUUUAACCUGCGUACAAAGCUGAUGGCCAACAAUCAGCGUGCCUAUGUUCCUCCAGAAAGUAAGACCCUUGGAGAUAUUGAGAGGACCUGGACUCUGCUAGAGAGGGCAGAAUAUGAGCGGGAACGCGACCUGCAGAUCGCCCUCUUAAAGCUGGAGCAACUUGAGCAACUAGCGCAGAAGUUUGGCCGUAAAGCAGCACUCAGGGAGAGCUACCUGGAGGACACAAUGCAGUUGGUUCUGAAGGAUGAUUUAAAGCGACUGGAGACUCUGGAGGAAGCCCAGGUUGCAGCUCAGAAACUGGAAGCCUUACGCACUGAUAUGCUGGCUCGUGAGCCUCGCUUUCAGGCUCUCAGUGAGAUGGCAGCUAUAAUUGAGAGGGAGAAUUACCACAGUAAGGAACAGGUUAUCCGCAGGCAAAUGAAUAUCUCCAAAAAAUGGCAAGCUUUACUUCAGCAGUUGCAGCAGAAAAGAGAUUCUGUCGGAGAGUUGGUGAACACGCUUGCCCUUCUCAAGGACACGGAGCUAAUCUCUCUGGACCUAAAAGAGCUACAGCUUCAGGCAGGGUCUUCUGACCUUGGAAAGCAUUUACCAGAUGUGGUGGAUCUACUCCAGAAACAAGAACUGUUGGACACCAAGAUCAUUUCUCUUGGAGAAUCACUGAGUACCAUCAGCAGUAGUGCAUUAAGGGGGAAGCACAGAGAUGUUUCACAGGUUCAGAGAACCGUGCAAGAGCUUAAUAGCCAGUACAAAUCCCUCCUGGCCCUUAGCCAGAACAGGAGGAGAGCCUUGGAGGGACAACUGAAGCUCUUUGAGUUCUUCCAUGACUGUGAGGAAGUGGAAGCUUGGAUUUAUGAAAAGUGGCUUCUGGUGCAAGCAGCAUCUUUGGGCAGAGAUCUCAGUCAGAUUGAACAAGCCAUUCAAAACCAUAAGACAUUGGAAGCAGAAGUGCAGUCACAAGAAUCUCUGUGCUCCAAGGUUGUGUCCAGGGGUCAGGAACUGUGUAGAGGGAGACACCCCAACGAGAAAGAUAUCCAAAAAUGGAUCCGGACCUUGCAGAAACAGUGGCAGCAGCUUAGGGACCAAGUUACAAACCGCAAAAACAGACUGCAUGCAGCCAUUGUUAUCAAACAGUAUUUUGCUGAUGCAGCAGAAGCAAACUCAUGGCUUAAUGAUCGCAAACCCCUUCUAACUGAUGAAGAUUAUGGAAAGGAUGAGAUGAGCACCAUUGCACUGCUCCAGCGCCACCAGAGACUGGAAAAGGAAAUGGGGGCAUAUGCCUCAGAGAUAAAGAGGCUGAGUGAGCAAGCUCAGAGUGCUGCCCAGCUGGCUCCACUGACAACAGAACCUCAGCAGACCAAAAUGGUCAACUACAGUGAUUCAUCAGGAGAUGAAAGAGAGACAGUGAAGGAAAAAGGACGAAUUUCAGUAAAAAACAGAGAAUCUUCCCCUGCCUUACCACAAAUGCAGGAAUUUAAUGCCAAAAUUAGGUUUAAAUACAGAGGGAUAAAACUAACCUGGGAUCGUGGAGAAAUGCUGACAAUCCUCAGCAAAGAAAAAGAUGAUAAAAUGCUUGCACGGGAUAGUAAAGGAAACGAACAACUGGUGCCUUUUUCAUACAUUACAGAUCUUUCUUCAUCUAUGCAGAAAACCCCACCUGCACCCAUAAGCACAGUUCCAGAGAGCCAGACUCGAAAAGUGAGCCGGCCGCGCCGCACCCGCUCCAUGCGCCGGGGCACUGCUGAAAUCGCAAUCACUUCUAUGCCAGACCCCCAUUUUCAGAAAGAUACCAUAGAAAAUACACAAAGCAGCUUGGAGAAAGACUUUAACAGUCUCUGUCAACUACUACAGUAUAAGACAAAAAUCUUGGAUGAGACUGCUCAGUUACAUGGGUUUUAUAACGCCUGUGAGGAGUUUGAGUCCUGGAUGGAGGACAAGGAGAACAUUCUCAACACUUUCAACUCUAAUUCUGAAAAUACUGAGGUUCUGCAGGCCAAAUACGAGAAUUUUCUUACGGAGCUGGCAAGUGGUAAGGGGCAGCUUGAUGGCAUCACUAAAUUGGGUGACGAUCUUUUGAAAAAGCAACACAGCAAGAAGAGAGAGAUUAAGGACAGAUAUGCUCAGGUCACCAAGAGGUGGGAGCAUAUACAGGCCCUAAAGGAUGAGAGGGCUCAGGAACUGCUCAGCUCAGCUGAUAUCAAGUCCUUCUUACACACUUGUGAAGAUGCCAAAUCCCAGCUCCUGGACAAACUGGUCCAGCUGGAUAUGUCUGGUGUGGGCAGCUCAGCAUCGGCCCUGAAGGCUGAAGAACAGAGUCACUCCCAGGCUGAAAGGGAGAUUGAAGCCCUUGAGAGAAAGAUAGAAUACCUAAAGAGUGUGGCCAGAAUGAAGCGUGACUGCAGCCCUGCAGAGAGUGCUGCUAUCAUGGAGGAGGUCUAUGCUUUGGAAAAGUUGCUGCAGCAGGUCAAGGGUCAGGCUUCGAAAAGGCAGAGAAUUAUAGAGGAGGCUCAACGCCUGCAACUCUUCCAGAAGGAGUCCAGAGAUUUGCUGCUGUGGUCUAAGGCAAUAGAGGAACGCUUGCUUGAAGAAGAGAAUAGCUCUGAUGUUGCCUCUGCUCAAGCCUUGUUGAAUGAAAACCAGGAACUGAGGCUGGAGAUUGAGCAGCAGAGAGAAAGAUUGAAAAACAUGGAGAAGCUGGCUGAGUCUUUGGAGGCAUCAUCUGAAGGAAAAGUUGCUAAGGAUACCCGACCAAUGCUGGCUCAGCUGAACCAGGAAUGGAGCAGGUUGGACAAACUUUGGUCCAGUCGAAACAGGCGGUUAGAACAAGCACUUGAACUCCAAAAGUGGAACAAAGAAGCAGAUCGAAUAGAUUCUACAAUAGCUGGUCAUGAAGCCAGGUUAAAGGUUAAAGACUUAGGGGACUCUGUAGAUGCCGUUCGCAGUUUACUUGCCCGUCAAGAGGAGCUGGAGGGAUUGCUUGGUGCUCUUGACCAAAACAUAAAGUUCUUAUUCAAAUCUUAUUCAAAUCUUUUUCAAGACCACUUUGCAUCCAAACAGAUUCAGCAGCGAUCCUGGGCCAUUGAAGAACGAUACAAGAAGCUCAAAGACAGCUGCAGACAAAGACAUCUGGAAUUACUUGCCUCCAAAUCAUACCAAGAAUAUUACAGAGAUGCAGAAGAGCUACUAAUUUGGAUGGAUGAGAAGUUUAAGAUAGCUGAGGAUGAAUCUUACAGAGACCCAACCAACAUUCUGCGCAAACUAAAAAGGCAUGAAGCAGCAGAGAAAGAGAUGCAGGCCAAUCAAGUCCGUCUGGACAGACUGAUUGAGGCAGGAGAAGCAAUGCUGGCUGAGGACCACUAUAAUAGUCAGAGCAUCCGGAGAAAGGCUCGGCAAGUGCAGAGCAGAUGGAAUGAGCUCCAAAGGAAAAUGGCCGAGAGAGGGGACAAGCUGAGACAGGCUGGUCAACAGGAACAACUCAUGGAGCUACUUCAGGAUGCCAAAGUUAAAAUUGAGGAAAUUCAGCGGAUGCUCCAGUAUGCACCCAAAGGCCAUGAUCUUCGCUCCAGUCGAAUGCUCCUAAAGGAACACAAGCAGGUUGAGCAGGAAGCUCAGGAACUUGCAGACAAAAUUAACUCCAUUGUCACCCAUGCCAAACACCUGGCUACGAAUCAUUUUGACUCUCAGAGAAUUCUUCAUGAGACAGACAAGUACCUGAAACUGUUUAAGUCUUUAGAAAAACCUCUUGAUCAACGGAGAAACCAGUUAGAAGAAGAUGUGGCACUCUAUAGUUUUUACCAUGACGUGGAUUUGGAACUUAGUUGGAUUGCUGAACACGAGCCUGUAGCAGAUACCAGUAGCUAUACCAAAUCCUUGGCUGGGGCCAUCAGUCUCUUGCAGAAACACAAAGAGCUGCAAGCUGAAGUUAAUGCCCACAGGCAGUAUCUUCAGCGUGUACUGGAAAGAGGCAGGGCUAUGGGCAACCGGGAAGUGCUCCAAAGGUGCAAGCAUUUGUCUACAGCUUGGGAAGAAUUAGAGGAUGCUUGUGAUAAACGCUCUUCCCACCUUAACAAAGCAGUCAAGCGAGAACAGAUCUUGCUUGAAUGUGCUGAAUUAGAAGUUUGCUUAGCUGAGACAUCAGCUUUGUUGGGGACUGACUAUGGCAAAAAUGGAUCAGCAACACAGAGCCUUGUGAAGCAGCAUCAAAUGGUGGAGGGGCAGAUCGAGGUACUUUCUGCCCAGGUGGAUGAACUGAAGUCCAGUGUGGACCAGGCUGUACAUGCAUGGGAUUUAGAGGAAGUGAAGAGACCUUACAGCCGCAUCAGAAAUCAGCUAACUGAACUACAGCACUCAGCAGCAGUAAGAGAGCAAAAACUCCAGGAUGUCCUCCACUUGCAUGAAUUUAAGAGGGAGUCUUCAGAACUGGAGGAGUGGAUUUCACAGGAGCGGUUAAUUGCCGCUUCAGAUGACUACGGCUCCGAUUAUGAUCAUGUCCUGCACCUGCAGAGAAGGUUUGAGGUCUUUCUGAAGCAGCUAGAUGUGGGAAGGGAGAGGAUGCGUUCAUGUCAAGAGCUGGCUCACAGACUCAAAAAAAACAACCACCCUGAGAGUAAAUUCAUCCAAGAAAGACAGGAGUUACUGAGGGAAUCAUGGGAUGAGCUGCAGCACUUGGCCAAAAGUCGUAAAGAGAAUUUACAUAAAUCUGAGGAAUGUUACAAGGUCUAUAAAGACUUGACUGAUGCCCUUGGAAACAUAGAGGACAGAUACAAGUGCAUGCCUGAUGAUAUCGCCAAAGACCUGAAAGGGGUUGAGUUGCAGCAUAGGAAGCAUGAAGCACUGGUAAAUGAGCUGGCGGGAAACGAGCUGCAGAUGCAGGAGCUACUAGACAUUGCAGACUCCAUUUUAGACCAAUGCUCCCCAGAACUAAGAGGAAAGAUCCAGCACGAACAGCAGAGGUUGGUGGAAAGUUGGGAGAAGCUCCGCAUGUGCAUGGAGCAAAGGGAGCAAAAGCUGAAGCUUGCCAAACAGCAUUACUAUUUCCUCAAGACGGUACAGGAUUACUCUCUGUGGUGUGCUCAAGUGCUGAGUGGCAUGAAGGCAGAGGAGUCUAUUCGCGAUGUGGCCACGUGUGACCUGCAGCUUCUCCAGCAUCAACAGCUGUGGGCUGAGAUUGUGGCCCAUGAGGAGACAUACGCGCAGGCUGUAGCUAUGGGUCAACACCUACAGGAGCAAGAUAUUCCCAAUCGUCAGGAAGUCCAAGACAAACUGAGAGCUUUGCAGAGUGAAAGAGAGAGGCUGACAGAUAACUGGGAAUCCAAGCAAAAAUGGCUGGAGAACACCUAUCAGGAACAAGUGUUCUACAGAGACAUUGCACACAUGGAGAAGAUCACCAACACCCAAGAGGUCCAGCUGAAAAACAGUGAAUUGGGGUCAACAGUGGAUGAGACAGAAACUCUGAUAAAACGCCAUGAAGCCUUUGAAAAACUUCUUAGCACUCAGGAAGACAAAAUGCUUGCACUUCAGGAAUCAGCUGACCGUUUGAGCAAAGGAGGGGUGACAAGAGAAAAGAGCAACUACAAAAACACACUGAACUCUCUCAAAUCUCGGAGGGAGCGCAUCAGAGAUAUGGCCAUGAAACGCAGAAAGGAACUUGAGCUCUCAAGGCUUCUUUGCAUCUUCACCCGGGAUGCCUCUGAGGCUGAAGAAUGGGUGUCGGAGCGCAUGCAGAAGAUGCAGGAGGAUUCCAAAGUGGACCUGAGCAACCUUCAGGCCAAAAUGAAACUACUACAGAAGCAUCAAGUGUUUGAGGCAGAGAUUCUGGCUCAUGGAAAAAUAAUAGAUUCAGUCCAGCAGACAGGAGAAGAGCUGGUGUUUCUUCAUCAUCCAAAGUCCAGUGAGGUAGAAGAAACCAUCUCUGCCCUGAUCUCUCACUGGGAGGAUUUGAAAGCUGCUAUCUCUGCCCGGGGAAAAGUUCUAGAGGGCCACCGUGACUUUCUUGAGUUCCUUCAGAAAGUGGAGCAGGUAGAAGUUUGGAUCAGGCAAAAGGAGGUCAUGAUUAAUGUUGGGGAUCUUGGGGAGGAUUUUGAACAUUGCCAGCAACUCCUAAAGAAACUAAGUGAGUUCAGAAGCUCCAGCCUUGGGGAUGUGACUGUUGAUGAUGCUCACAUCAAGGCCAUCAACAACCUGGCAGCUCAACUUGAAAGACAGGAUUGUGAUGAGUUGGUCACUGUAAGGGAGCGCAGACAGCAGCUGAAUGAAAAAUGGAAUAAUUUCCAUGGAAACUUAAGCACUUAUAAAAGGAAGUUAAAAGAUGCAUUGGAGGUCCACUCUCUGAUCCAUGAUCUUGAAGAAGUCAGGGACAGGGCAAAUGAAAAGAUUCUGUUACUACAGGGCCAAGGUUAUGGAGAGGAUGUAGAGAGUGUAGAGAAUCUUAUACGCAGACAUGAGGAGAUGGAACGAGAGGUCAGAGUUAUCCAAGAGAGAAGCACUGUCCUGGAGAAAGAGACCAAAAAUCGAUUGAGGACUUACCGUGACCUCUCUGACAAGCUGAAUAAAAAGCAGCAAGAAAUCAACAGCACUUUGAUGAAGCUGGACAAGGAAAUGAAACUAAGGAAAGAACGUUUGCAGGAGUCACACCAGCUCCAGCUGUUUAAAGCAAACCAACGUCUUUUGCUGGACUGGACACUGAAGCAGACUGCGGAAAUGGGAAAGAAGAGCUUGCCAAAGAAUAAAGCUGAAGCAGAAAGCCUUAUCGUGGAGCACCAGGAUUGGAAAGCAGAAAUAGAUGCACGUGGUGAGCGCAUUGAUUCGGUGAAGAGUUUUGGACAGAACCUAGUGACAUCUGGCCAUAGUGAAAGAACAGAGAUAAAAAAAGCUCUGACUAAACUUGAAGAUGCUAAGGUCAGUCUCAUUCAAGCAUGGGAAGAAAGGAAGACAACACUGGAUCAAGCUCUGGAGCUUCAGAUAUUCCUUGAUAAUUUGGAUGAAAGUGAGAGCUUGUUGAGCAACAGAGAAGCUUUUCUUGCUAAUGCAGACGUUGGGAGUUCUUUGUCAGAAGUGGAGGCUCUGCAGAGGAAGCAUGCUUUGUUUGAGAACUCUCUAGAAGCUCAGUUAUACCAGGUGGAAGAAGUGGAAAGAUAUGCUCAACAACUGAACCGGAAAAAACAUUAUGACUCGGACAACAUCACAAAGAGGAGCAAAGCGAUUCAGCUGAGAAAGGAGCGAUUGUUGGAGAUGAGUAAAGCCCGGAAAAAGGCUUUGGAGCAAUCUGUUCAGCUACAAAAAUUUUUAGAAGAUAGUUAUGAGGUGUGCUCCUGGUUGAAUGAGAAGAAAUCAGUGGCUCAGGAUGAGAGCUGGAGAGAUCCCAUCAAUUUGCAGGCCAAGAUACUGAAACACCAGAGCUUUGAGGCUGAGAUCCUCGCUAAUCACAACCGUAUAGAAGCCUUAACAAAGGAAGGAGAGAAGAUGCAAGCUGCUGGUCAUCCUGCCAAGGACAAAAUAAAACCCAGACUAAUGGAUCUCAGUGAUGGCUGGGAGCAGCUCUUGAUCAACUGCAAGGAGAAGAAAUCACGUUUACAGGAAGCAUAUCAGGCAUUGCAAUUCCUACGCUCUUUGGAUGAUGUUGAGGAAUGGUUAAAUUCAGUUGAAGCUGAAUUGAGUCAGACAGACUGUGGGGAGGACCUGUCCUCCGUCAACAGACUACUUAAGGCUCUACAAGGAGUGGAGGAAGUGGUGGAUGGACAUCUAGAAAAAGUCCAAAAUCUGGUGGACACAGCCAAAGAUCUCAGCUCCCAAGGCAAUUUUCAGGCUAGGGAAAUCCAGGAACAUGUUUGGCGUAUGGCCAACAGGUAUAAUGGUCUGUCUGGACCUCUCCAGGCUCGUAGAGAUACUCUGGAAUCAUGGCAGCUACUGUUCCAGUUCUACCGGGACAUCGAAGAUGAAAUGGUAUGGAUUCAGGACAAGCUACAGGCAACAACUUUAAAGGAUUAUGGUACUUCACUCGAAAGCACACAAGCAAUGGUCACGAAGUAUCAGGUGAUGAUGCAGGAAAUUGCAGGCCAUACCCCGUUGGUGCAGGCAGUACUUGAAGCAGGACAGAACUUGGUAAGGGGCAGGCACUUUGCCUCCCAGGAGAUCAGUGCAAGACUGGCUGAACUAAAGGAGCUCUUUGACACUUUGAGGAAGGAAUCUGAGAAUAAAGGCCACCUGCUGAGAGAAGCAUUGAAAAUCCAGACCUUUUUGUCAGAGGUUUCAGAGAUCGAGCUAUGGAUAAAGGAGUUGAAACCAAUACUAGAAUCCAGAGACUAUGGGAAAAGUGAGGAGGCCACAGAGACACUCCUUAGAAGGUUGGAUGCAGUGGACCUGGAGUUAGUCAACAACCAUGAGAAAGUCAAGUCCCUGCAGGAUACUGGGAUUGAAAUUGAGAAGUGUGGCCAUCCCAACAGCCAUUUGGUGAGCAAGAGUGUCACAAACAUGGAAAAGCAAUACGCAAAUCUGCUGCAGCUUUCUUCAGACUAUCGUGAAGCAUUGGAGGAGCAGUACAACUUCUAUGUGUUUGAGAGAGAGACCAGAGACCUCAGAAGCUGGUUUAUUUCUCACAAGACCCUCGCAGAGUCAAAUGAUUUUGGCCAGGAUCUUGAAGAUGUGGAGACCCUGCAGAAAAAAUUUGCAGAUUUCACAGUUGAAGUCAACAAUCUGGGUCAGAACAAACUAAAUGCAGUUCAAAAGCUGAAACAGCAAGUGAAGUCGCCAGAAGCUGAGCAGAAAGAGAAAGCACUACUAAAUUUAUGGGAAGAAUUACAAAAGGCUAUGGAAACACGAGCAGAGGGUUUACAAUCGGCACGUGAGGUUCACCAGUUUGACCAUGACUUGGACGAGCUGAAGAGCUGGAUAAGUGAGAAGGAAAUUAUGUUGGAUUCAGAGGACAGGGAAAAUGACCUGGUCAGUGUUCAAGCUCUUAUUCGACAGCAUGAAGGCCUUGAGAGGGAUUUACUGGUAAUAGAAGAGGACAUGCGGCGCAGAAAAGAAGAGGGCAGGGCUCUGGUUAGACGAUGUCCCCAGGUGAGGGAAAGUCUGUCUGAGAGGACUCAGGAGCUGGAGGAUAAAUGGGAUAGCCUCCUGGAGAAAGCCAGACAGUGCAAACACAGACUGCAGCAGGUCAUGGCUGUGCAGAGAUAUCUUACUGAUUGGAGGGAACUCAUGGCGUGGCUUAGGGAGUCACUUUCUCUAGUGAUAGGGGAGGGACUCAGAAGUGAGGUCAAAGACUUGGCGCAGCUAAUUAAACGCCAUGAGGAGUACCAUACCCAGAUUGAAAAGCAACUUGACAAAUCAGAAAUGGUGAAGAAUGAAGGGAGAGGUCUAAUACAAAAAGGAAACUUCAUGAAUGAAGAGUUGGAGGAGCGUCUAGCAGAGCUGCAGGAUCUGGAAGUCCUGGUUCUGCAGGGCUGGGCUGAAAGAAGAGAUCUCUAUCAGAAGGAACUGGAGUUGCAACAGUUGCAGAGAGAACUGGAGCAAGCUGAACAUUGGCUGAACACAUAUGAAAAUGUGCUCACCACCCAGGACUAUGGGGACUCUGUUUCAGAUGUUUUAGAACUAAUGAAAAAACAAGAGGAUCUAGAAGCAAUGAUCCAAGCUCAGAGUGACCGAUUUAACACCUUACAAAACAGGAAAACUCUGAAAGAGGAGAAACUUCAAGGGACUAAGGAAGAAGAUAGUGGUUCCAGGAAGAAGCCUUUUCGUGUGAAUUCCCUAAAGAGAACUCCUGAUUACCUUGUCUCAGGUUCUCAGCCAUCUGUAGCCGAAAAAAAUAUCAUAAGAAGAAACAGCAGUGAGAAGAAAGAUGGUAUAUUAUUGGCAUCAUCACUGCUGAGAAGAAACAGCAGUGGAAAGGGGGAAAGUUCUUCUACAGUUCCUCGGGUGGCAUCUAUGCUCAAGAGAACCAACAGCAACAGUAGUGAUACCAGUACUCACUCUGCCAAAAUUUUCCCUGAUUCUUCUCAAUCACAAAACACAUCUCAUCCAAGCACUGUUUAUAGACCCCAUCUAGUUCACAGCACAAGUUCUGAAAAUGAAGUAAAUACCUCCAGAAAAAUAAAUCUAUCCCACAGAUCCUUCUCUCCUGAGACCCCCAGGUUGUCAGGUUUAAAUGAAGUGAUUGAUGACCAUCCUAAAUCAAUAUUUCAUAAAUCAAAAGAAGAGAUUAAGGAACGCCCCACAUAUAUACAUCUUGAAACAAAUGAAGACAUAGUGGAGCCUUCUGAAUCAUUACUUCUUGAAUCAAACAAAGAGAUUGAGGAACCUCGUACAUCCAUGCAGUUUGACUAUCCUGUAGCCAGUCCACGAAACACUGUUUCACCAGUGACUGACUUUUCUCCAUCUUUGUCUACCUUGCAACCACCAUCACCUCCACAAUCUUAUCCACCUUCACCACCCACACUGAGAAAAUCCACUGAGAAAGCAAAGGAUUUAACUGAGGAGGCUCCUGAGCCAUUCACUGUUAGAGAAGCCCUGGUCAAGAUGGAGGGACCACUGGAUAUUAAACUAAAACAAGGAGGAUUUAAAGGAAUGGACCACUGGGAAACUGUCUAUGCAUUACUGGAAGAAGAGACACUGAAUUUGUUUAAUGACAGAAAUGCUGCUGGAGAGAACUGCGCCCGAUGGCCACCUAUCAACAUGGUUGGAGCAAUUUGUAAAGAUAAUCCCUUCUACAGAAGGAAGAACUACACCUUCAAACUGAUACUGAGUGAUGGCAGUCACUACCUGUUUGCUGCACCCUCUCAAGAGGAACAGGACAAGUGGGUGGAGGAGAUGCAGAAUUGCACCGGUCAGAGAGGCUUCUCAAAAAAUAUUAGAAUAAACACAGAAGACAAAGAGAAAGAGAUGACAAAAUUAUUGGAUGAACCAGAUAAACAAGUCUACCCCAUUGAGCUGGAUAAAAAUUUCACAGAGAGUUUUGAGAAGGAACCACCUCCUAAGCCCCCACACACAUACUACAACAAACACCGCUACCCAGAUGGAGGAGAGGGCAAAGACUCAGGGACUUUGAGAGGUCUGAGGAAGAAUCAACCCCCCUCCUUCCCUCCUCCUCUUCCCCCACAAAACCAGCAGGAGAGCGAAGGCAAAGAAAAGUCUAAAAACAAAAGUGUCUUCAAAAAGAUUUUCAAAAUAUAAUUUAUACUGCUUGGUAAGAUUGUAUUUGCCAAUUAAAGUCAUCUACACGCUGGCUCAGAGGAGACACAUAGUGAUUGCUAAGUCUUGAUAAACAACUAUACAGAAAUUUUGUUUUAUGUGCAUCCUGCACCUUGAUUAUUAAGUAACGCUUACUAAACAUUUAAUUUCACAAAACUGGAUUUCAGAUCAUUUGUAAUCAAUGCUGUGUAUAAAUUUUUUUUUUCCCCCUUCAAGGUUAAUGACACAAUAAAUGUAUGGAUGCCAGUUGUUAAUUUUGAUCGAUAUUGAGUAAUGGAGUCUUGAUACUUGCCAAGAACAGAUGCUUUUACAUCAUGUACAUUCCACAUGCAUUCUGCAAUCACGGAGGCCUACAAAAAGACCUUAACAGUUUGAGAGCAAAAUGUGAUAAAUUGCAUUUUCUGAGUUUUACUAAUUCUAACAAAUUAACCACUAGCUCUAAAAUAAAAGUUCCCUAGCUUUGAACUUUUAGGCAAUACAUAACAUAGAGUGGAUGCACUACCCACCAAAACAUGAUGCAUUCUGAAAUGCCAACUGCAUAGCUUCCUUCUGUCACAUGCUCAGGGAAGCAAAACUACCAGCUGCCGGAAGCGAAUUAAAUGCAUUUAAUUGAUUUUUGGAGAAUAUUGAAGCCAAGAACACUUUGUUGCUGAAAUUGCAGUUAUGAACCAUUAAUGGCAUUAAUUUAUGGAAUUAAUAAAGCAUAUUUAUGCAUCAUUUAACAUAACCAAUACACUCUGUUAAACAGGACAUUAUGUUAUUUGGAUGUUGUGCAAACAUUGUAUACUUAACAAAGCUUUCAUUCCUAACUGUUUCACUCCUAAAAGCUAGUUUAGAGUGAGCAAUCUGAUUGGGUGAGAGGCCUUCCAUGAGUGGUGAUAAUGCAUGGUAACACCACUGUUUAUAUGUAUCACUCUACAUCCUAGUUGUCCUACAAUCGAUAAUUACAUUGAUGUUGUCAGCAUGUAGAUCAUUAUAGUCAAAGUACAGCAGAACUAAAAAGAUAACUAGCUUCUAACACUAGGCUGACCCAAGGGCCCUACUUUUUGAACAAGUUAUCGUACACCCUAGCAUGCUAGCUUUCCAUUUACAAAACUGUCAACCACCACCAUGGUUUAUUCUCCUCACCUUUUGGCUACAUCAUACAAGAACAAAUUUUAAACCCCUUUUUUCCUGUUAAAUACACUGUUGAUUGUCAGUCACCAGCUUGUCAGUCAUAAAACGAUAUGGAUUUGGCGGAGCAAAAUAACUGUUUAAAUAAACAAAUCAUAAUCCAUUGAUAAAUCGUGUUUGUAGAACUGUUGUAUAAAAGCAAUAUCACACCUGAGGUUGGGUUGUUAAGUUGGUAAUCAGCAGGCUGUGAUAUCUUAAGCACUCCGGCACUUCUGACUUAAUAUUUGUUUUAGAAAUGAAAAUUACAAUAUGACUCUUUAUUUCUUCUCUCGAUACUCCGUAACUCAAUUUUUCUUUUGGAAUGAUUCAUGAAGGCAGAAUAUUCACCUAUUAAAUAAAACACUUUGUGCCACAUAUGUGAUCUGUUUAUUUGUCACAAAAUGAAAAAAAAAAAAAAACCUGAGUGAACACCCUCUCAAUGUGGUGAUUCCAUAAUUUUGCCAGAGGUUGUACAAUUUUUAAUAUUUGCCCAGCCCUCUAAAAAAAAAAAAGAUCUUUUAACUAUCAGCUAAUUAACACUCUUUUUUAACACUACAAUGUGCAGGACAGGGAGAUAAGAGGGAACCUGCACCAUUUAAAAUGUUUGUUUUCUCUAAAUGCAAUUGUGAAUUUAUUGCACUAAUAUACAAAUGUGCCCAUCUAAAAAAAAAAGCAAAUGAACUACAAAAAUCUACUCAUGCUUGAGAUAUUUGGAGGGGAAAAAAUCACGUUUUUCCUAAAUUUAAGCAUGCUAUUUUGUUUUCAAGCUGGUUGUGGUAUAAUUUCACAACCCCAAUUUUACGAAGAGGGUCUUCGUCUGUCAAGUGUGGCAGCUCAUAAAGAUGGUUAAGAUAAAUUUAUAUAAUCAAUUAAAUAUAUUUGCCAUUGAACAGAGACAACCUGAAGUUAUUUCAGUUAUUUCAGUUAUUGAAGUUAUAUAUAUAAGCAUUUCACUGCAUAUCGUACUGUGUAUGACUGUGUAUGUGACAAAUAAAAUUUGAAUUUGAUAUUUCAACUAGGUAAAUGGUUAAUAGUUCUUAAGUAUGUAGAAGCCCAGUUUUAGAGUUGCUCUGAUCUAGGCGCCUGCCAUCACAAUUCAAUAUGAUCGUCAAAUUAAAUCGUACAGUAUCUCAUGCUUGCCCAUUUUUUCUGCUUUCAACACAUCAACUUCUGGGACAAAUUGUUCACUUGCUGCCUAAUA